AUGUAUUCCAGAUGUAAUUCCGCUUUGUCCGAAGUUCCCCUGAAAACUUCCUCUUAACUUUUGGAUAUAAAGAGCCUACCCACUGACCCAGUUACAGACGAAGCCAUUGCUGAAGAACAACUACACCUCACCAAAGAUGCAAUUAAGAAUGAAUCUGUGCGCUUGUCUGCUUCUGUUGGGGACUGCCUUGGCCCAUCUUAAUACUUUUUCACUGGAUGGUGAAUGGGAAAGCUGGAAAACCACACACAGGAAGGAAUACAAUGGCUUGGGUGAGGAGGCCAUCCGCAGGACCAUCUGGGAGAAGAACAUGCAGCUGAUUGAGGCCCACAACCAGGAGUAUGAGCUGGGGAUCCACACGUACGAGCUGGGCAUGAACCACCUGGGGGACAUGACCACAGAGGAGAUUACCGAGAAGAUGACGGGGCUUCAGAUGCCCAUGUACAGAGAUCUAAACAACACAUUCACUGCUGACCUGUCAGACUAUCAGAGGCUUCCCAAAUCUGUGGAUUACCGCAAACAAGGCUACGUCACUCCGGUCAAAAAUCAGGGAUCCUGUGGUUCGUGCUGGGCCUUCAGCUCUUGCGGAGCUCUGGAGGGACAGCUGAUGAAGACCACAGGCCAGCUGGUGGACCUGAGUCCCCAGAACCUGGUGGACUGCGUCACAGAGAACUACGGCUGUGGCGGGGGCUACAUGACCAUCGCCUUCGACUACGUCAAGAACAACAGCGGCAUCGACUCCGAGCAAGCCUACCCUUACGUCGGACAGGACCAGGCCUGUGCUUACAGUAAAUCCGGGAAGGCGGCCGCCUGCCGUGGGUUCAAAGAGAUCAAAGAAGGGGAUGAGCGUGCCCUGACCGUAGCAGUGGCCAAAGUGGGACCCGUGUCCGUGGGUAUUGAUGCCACUCUGUCCACCUUUGCCUUCUACAAGAGAGGUGUGUACUAUGAUCGCGACUGCAACAAAGAUGAUAUCAAUCACGCAGUACUGGCUGUGGGUUAUGGAAUCACCGCCAAGGGCAAGAAAUUCUGGAUUGUGAAGAACAGCUGGGGCGAGGACUGGGGAAAGAAGGGCUACAUACUGAUGGCGCGCAAUCGCAACAAUGCCUGCGGAAUCGCCAACCUUGCCAGCUACCCCAUCAUGUGAUCACCACACAUCAGGAGGAGGCGCAGGAUGUGAAUGACAACUGAGGGAACUACUUCAAAUAUCAACUAUGAGGCACUGGGUGUGAUUUAAGUGUGUGGUGUGGUCAGUGUCUGUAUGUUUGUGUGUAUGAGCAGUUGAAUUCAAAGAUGUUGUCGUGCAAUAUAUGAAACCCACACAGGAGGUUUGACCUGGAGGAUGCCAUGUGUCGUGUCCUCACAAGCACAAAAUGCAGUUAUUUGUACCACAUAAACAAGGUAUUCCUCCUGGUGAGGUGUAUUUGUAAACAAAUUUUAAAAAAUCUUUUUGUUUUUUUUAUCUGACAAAAUAAAUGUUGAUUAUUUUACA